AUGAGCUCCUCAGCGCCGGCGGCAUUCCCGUCCUCGCCGGCGUCCUCCUCCUCCUCGAGCGCCAGCGCCAGCGUCCCGAUGGUGGUGAUCACGGUGGUCGGGAUCGUCGCGGCGUUCGCGCUGCUGGCGAGCUACUACGCGUUCGUGACCAAGUGCCAGCUGCUCCGCGCGGUGCUGUCCCGCAACCCUCCGUGGCGAGAGCCAACGCGCGCCGCGGCGCCCUGCGAGGAGCAGCGGCGCCGCGGCCUCGGGAUGCCGCUCAUCCGCAUGCUCCCGGUGGUGACGUUCACGGCGGCGGCUGAAGGGAGGAGGGCGUCGACGUCGACGUCGUCCGAGUGCGCGGUGUGCCUGAGCGAGUUCGCGGAGCGGGAGCGCGUGCGGCUGCUCCCCGGCUGCGCCCACGCCUUCCACAUCGACUGCAUCGACACCUGGCUCCAGGGCAGCGCGCGGUGCCCCUUCUGCCGCCGGAGCGUCACCCUUCCGCCGAUGCCACUCCUGCCGCCGCGACACGACCGGCACUGGCAGGAUGAGCUCUGCGCUAGCGGCAACGACGACGCCGGCAGCAUCGUGAUCGAGGUGAGAGGGGAGCACGAGAGCUGGGCCGCUGCCGGCGGCGGAAGGAAGGCCCGGAAGAAGGCGGUGGGCGACGAGGCGGUGGAGACGACGAGGAGGAAGGAGUUCGCCGUGGAGCCGAUGAGGCGGUCGCUGUCCAUGGACUCCUCCUGCGACAAGCUGCACGUGUCCGUCGUCAAGGAGUUCCUGGCGCAGAGAAUGGAUGCUGUUGGUGUUGGAUGCGACGAUAAUUUACAUGGUCUUCCAAAUCUGCAUGGCAGGGCUCCUCCGCCGCCAGAAAAUCCAAAGGAGAGAGUUCCCGCCGGCGCGUCUCGCGCAAGGGAACGAGCCAAUGGAGGUGCACUGUUGAUCUUCGACUCUGCCAAGACUGCAUUGACCACCGGCCGUGAGAACGACCGCAAUGUUGGUCGCUGCAUGCCCACGACUACUUCACUGUGA